AUGCUCGCCAAUUCCUCCGAGGUAGGCCCAAGAGGCCAGACCCCUCAGCAGCCGUCCAACGGCCGUACCAGCCUCGACCGCGAUGGGCCCUCGGGUCUCCAGCCACCCGCCGCCGGUGCCCAUGCCGCCUCGAUGCGCAACCUUUCCACGUCGUUUGGCCCCCGCGGCAGCAGCCUGAACCCGACCGCCGCCCCUGGUAGCUUCAGUUCCGAACUUCGGAGCCAGAUCCUCAUGUCCAGCCGCGCCGGCAGCAGGCUCGACGUCGGCUCCGUCUACGCUGGCGGCGUCAUGGACAAGGUCCUGGAGGAGGCGCCCCACGACUUCGCCUCGGAGCAGCUGCUGCUGCAGCUCAAGGACCGGCUCACCCGCGAGAUGAAGAUCAAGGAGGGCAGCGAGAACAUGCUCGAGGCCCUCAACGUCAAAAAGGCCAAGCAGACCAAGGACCAGCGCCUGCGCGUCGAGGCGGAGCUGAGCGCUAGCAACAUACGCAUCCGCGAGCUGCGUCGCAAGAUAUCCGAAGCGCAGCAGCAGCACACACGACCGGCCACCCCGACGCCAACAUGGAGCCAGGAUACCGUCGUAUCCAACGGCAAUCGGUCGAACCAGAGCCCUGUCAAGUCCAACGCGGACGAGUCUGAUAUUGACGAGGCCGCCGAGAGCCCCUCGUUCGCCCUCGCCGAGUUGCUGCAAGCUCUCGAAGUCGAGGGCAUGGUGCCCGAGUACUACGUCAGCCGCGCCAACCAGCUUGUCGGUCUGUUCAAGAGACAUCCCGCGAUCAAGUAUGACUUGGUGUGGUCCAUCUUUGGCAUGCGCAUGCAAAUGAUGCUUCUCAGCGAAAGUCGCGAGGUCGUCGCCGCCGGCUACCGAGUCACGCGAUAUGCCAUUUCUGACCUGGCCUCGCUUCGCAAGAUCCGCAGCCUCAACACUGAUUUCCUCGUCGUUCGCUCCCUCAACAACUACCGCAAGGCCGAUGUGGAGCGCGAGCAGGCUCUCAAAUUCGUCAGGGCGUUUCUUGACGUUAAAGACGGCGUCAAGGAGAUAUCGAGAGCUGUCGUCAGAACCAUUGCUGCUGUUGCCGAGCAGGGCGAAGAUCGGCGUUCGACUGUCCCAGCCCAUGACCAGAACAUUGAUCGUCUGCGUCCCAUUUGUAUCGAAACCUUGGCCGAAAUUCUUGUCAGAGACGCUCCCCUAUUAAUAGCGUCGGGUGGCCUUGGGCCGUUGUCGGAUGCCCUCUCUGAAGGUUCAUACAAGGCCUCUGAAAGCCUGGCUUCCGUCUUCCUCUUCCUUCUCGAUUCGCCACAAAGACGCAAGUACCUCCAGCCCAGCUACGGUCUAGAUGCCCUCUUCACAGCAUUUACCGAUCCUCUGGGGACCAACGAAAUCAUCUUAAAGCAAAGCUGCCGCGCCAUCGCCAUUGCGAUGAGGUCAUGGUCUGGUAUCAUGACCCUAAGCAUGUACGACUUUCGGUCUAUCCGAUCUCUCAUCUACAGUAUGCUUCUUCCCGCCGAAAAUUUACGGGAGACUGUGCUGGAUCUCUUGUUUUCUUUACUGCGAAUCAAACCUCCUGCUUGGGCGACGUCUUUCCUUGCUGGUCGUCGAUUAACUACCUAUGGUCGCGUUGCCAAUAUGAAGUCGGGCGAUGCGAAAGAACGGCCGGCGCCAUACAUGGAGGAAGAUGGGACUGAGCAAAAUUUCGUCGAUCACUAUACUGCUCUUAUUCUGGCUAUCCUCAUCAAGGCUGGCCUGAUGCAUAGCUUGUUGCAGACUGCGCAAAUAGAGCAAGACCCUAUGGUGAAGCGCAAAAUAUCGCUACUGCUCUCAGAGGUCCUGAAACUUGCCAGCCGGCUGCUACCACCGACUUGGAGCGCGGAGCUCCAGCUACUGCCCGAGCUUUUCAAGGCCGCCACCGAUUUUUCCACGGAGCAGCAUUUUGUGGCAACCGGCAUUGUCUAUCAGAUAAGCAGCGUCAGUAAGACCUUAUACAGGAGCGCACCGUCGGAAACAAUGGCUAGUAUGCUUCCCUCGAGCGACAGCAUGAUCGAUUUGGCCGCCUUGGAAGAGCAACCUCGAGCAAAUACCACCCUUAUUUUGGACGAUACCGCCUUCCGCCAGUUGCUGAUCGACUCUGGUGUCCUCAACAGUUCCAACUAUGCGAAAUGGAAUUGGGACAUAAUCAUGAAGAUUAUCAGCGGUCCGCUGCAUACCGGCAAACGGCUAGAGGAAGCCGUGAGAGCAUCCAAAUGGAUGAAGCGCAUCAUGAGCUUCUAUCGGCCAUUCAAAUACAAGUUUGCCGAAAUCAAAAACACGCGCAAUACGCAAAAAUAUAUUCAGGCUGGUUGUGCCUUGAUGCACGCGCUGUUGCAAUCGAACGAGGGCGUCAACAUACUGGCUGACAGCAAACUAGUCCGCCAAAUUGCAGAAUGUCUUGCACAAUGUGAUCCGACAAGCGGUCUGACUGCGCAGUAUCCAUUAUUUGCAAAAGAUCGUCUUACCGAUACUCUUUGCCAUGGGUAUUUUGCCAUGCUUGGUGUCUUAACUGGCGAGCCCAAGGGCAUAAUGCUUCUCGAACGAUGGAAGAUGUUCAACAUGAUGUAUCACAUUGUCGACUUGAAGCAGCGACCAGACUUGAUCAAGCUUCUGCUUACCAACUUUGACUAUACGCUGCAAGGACAUCACCGUGUAUUGCUCGCCAAGGCUCUUACCGCGGGAACAAAGGAUAUCCGAAUUUAUGCAACCGAGGUGCUACGCAAGUGUACCCUUCGUCGUCCUGUUGCUACCAACGCACUGGGGGAUGUCAGCGACUCCCGAUGGGCCAUCCAGUUGUUAUCAACGCAACUUUACGAUCCCGAAAUCGAUGUGUGCGCGGCCGCCGUAAAGAUCUUGGAGAAAGCAUGCAACCGAAAGAGGUACCUAGAAUAUGUCGUCGAGUGCAGGCCAGCUUUGGAUCAUCUCGGUGAGAUUGGCGCGCCGCUACUUCUACGUUUCCUAUCCACCUCGAUCGGGUAUCACUAUUUAGACGGACUUGACUACAUCAGCAACGAAAUGGAUGACUGGUUCCUGGGUAGAAACGACAGCUACGUCGGCGUCGUUGAGGCAUCUCUUGCAAAAGCGUUCCUGCUAGAUGGUGACGAGCAUGGACAGCAAUCUACCAUGUUUGACGAACCUAGCCACGGAGCGGAAUUCCAUGACAACCAUCUACCGCCUCAUUUCUACAGAGAGCUGACGAGAACAAAGGAGGGCUGCAAGCUGUUGCGAGACAAGGGGCACUUUGACGAAUUCGCGGCCACAAUUCGCGAUCAUGGUAUGCAAGCAGAAGACACGGAGCUCAUCACCAAGGUCAAGGCCUGCAUGUGGGCGGUCGGCAAUGUUGGUUGCAUGGAGCUUGGGGCGCCAUUUUUGGAGGCCAGCGACGUGGUUGAGCAUAUUGUUCGCAUUGCCGAGGCGCACGACGUGAUGAGUCUCCGAGGGACGGCAUUCUUCGUUCUAGGCCUCAUCUCUCGCUCCACGCAUGGGCUGGAGAUUUUAUCGGAAUAUGGAUGGGAUGCGAGUACGACGCCGACGGGUAACUCCCUCGGAUACUGCCUUCCAACCGAUCUCAGCAAGCUGCUAUCGCUGCAGCCAUGGCAGCCAGUUGUAGCGACAUCCAUUGAAUUGCCCGUCACGCAACGGACAAUUCGCGACCCGCCACCGGUCUGGAGCUCGACGCCGGCCAAAGAAAAUGCAGAGAUUCCGCCUUUGCUCACCGACGAACAGGUCAACUCGCGCAUUGUCGAGCUUCUCGUAGAUCUCGGUAACACGGUCCUUUAUAAGAGGGCAGCGAUGGAACUACAGAAGCUUAAGCAGCGCAAGCCGUCGGCGUUUCGCAGCACCGACUUUUUCAAAUACGUCAUGGGACUGAUGGAGUGGAACCACUACCGUCUGGGCGUGCGCAGGAUGGUGAUUGAUUUCUUUGACAAGAACGUUAUGCGCCAGAUUGUCUUUGAGGAAUCCGAUGACGAGGAAGACGAGGAAGAUGAGGAGUCGGAAGAGAGCAGUGAGGGGGAGUCGGAAGGGGAGGACACCAUCUCCAAGCGCGCGCAAAAGGAGGAGGAGCAGCGACAAAGGUUUCGCCAAGCAAAUGGGAGCGAGAAGGAAGAGGACGGAGGGGGGAAUUCGAGCGGCAACAGUCUCAACAGCGACGACAACCGCACGGAGAGACAGCGCAGCGUGAGCGAGCCGACCGAGUACCUACGAACCAGCAUGCUGCCUCCGCCGCUUAACUUGGGGCGGUAG